AUGAAAACAAAAUUAACAAAUAUCAAGAACAAAUAUGUCACAAUAUAUUGGGAAAAGCAUCUCAUUGAUCUCUAUUAUGUUGGUGUAUUGGAAGAUGUUAAUGGUGAAGAAGCCACUGUUACUUUAAGAAAUGUUAAACCAUUUGGUACAGAAGGUAGAUUAAAUGGAACUGGUCCUGAAAUCCCACCUUCAAACGAUGUCUACCCAGUCGUUGUAUUUAGAGGUUCUGAUGUUCAUGAUUUAUCAGUAUUGGAAGAUCCCGUACCAACUCCAACUCAAGCUCCAGUUCAAACUCCAACAAAUACAACUAAUGUUCCACAACCACAAGCUGCUCCACAAGCUACCCCUGUAUCUUCUGAGAAUCAAGAUGUGAAAGAAUCAGAUGUUCCUGCUCCUCAACCACAAUCAAUUCCACAACAACCUCAACAAUCUCAACAACAUCAACAUCAACAAUAUCAAGGACAAAGACAAAAUUAUAGAAACAAUAGAAAUCAAAGAUCUAAUCAAUCACAAGCAUUCUAUCAAACAAAAGAAUUACCAAAAGAUGAUUUUGAUUUUGAAUCAUCAAAUGCAAAAUUUGAUUCAGAAAUUAGAGAAAAUUCACAAGAUUUAUCAAAUCCAUUACAAAGACCUGAUCAAUCAACAACCGAAGAAGAUCCAGUACCAUCUUAUGAUAAGAAAAAAUCAUUCUUUGAUACUAUUUCAAAUUCAAAUGAUGAAUCAAGACCUGAAAGAACUUUUAAUCAAGGUGGUUAUCAAAAUAAUAAUAGAAGAGGUUUUGGUGGUAGAGGUAGAGGAAGAGGUAGAGGUAGAGGACGUGGUAGAGGUGGUUAUAGAGGUGGUUCAAAUCCAGAAUGGGCUUGA